GGCUUUGCUACUGGCUAACGACAAUAGUAAUCAGCAAGUGACUGCUCAGCUCAACGGGGAAGGUGCACGCAAUACUUUUGAAUAUCAAUCCGUAGUUCAACAAUUAAGUUCAAAACAAUUUUUUCAGUGAAAAUUUUUACAAUGUUUCGGUAGUGAAUUGGUCGAUCCCUUUAAAAAUAAAAAACAACGAGUUUAUUGCGCCAGAAGUGAUCAGGGCAGAUAGUGCAUUAUGACAGAAACUGGGGAAAUUGAAACAAGUAGGGAGAAGCUACCGGCCCGAGAUCACAACGGAAAUGAAGAGAAGAAAGAAUGUUCAAAGUGGAGACAAGCAGCUCCACAGGUGUGUGCUGUUAUGGCAAAGAAUCUUCUGCUGCUGACGUUUGGAUCAACUCUAGGUUUUCCAACAAUUCUUCUACCUGCAUUACAGAAGGACGAUCCUGAUAUUCCAGUAACAAAGGACGAUAUCACAUGGAUCAGCAGUAUAAAUUUAUUUGCGGUACCACUGGGGUGCCUGGUGAGUGGUCCACUCUCGCAAUAUCUCGGACGAAGAAAAACGAUGCUCAUAUCAAAUAUACCAUUCAUAGCAUCAUGGGUGAUCCUUCAUUACGCAACAAACAGUGCAAUGAUGUUUAUUGCACUGUCAUUGACAGGUCUCACUGGUGGAUUGACAGAGGCACCAGUUUUGACGUACGUCGCCGAGGUGACGCAGCCACAUCUCCGUGGCAUGCUGGCAGCCACUUCAACUAUGUCAGUAAUUCUGGGUAUCUUCACACAACUGUUGACAGGGAGUUUGACAGAUUGGAGGACAGCCUGUCUCAUCAACCUCACGUAUCCUAUUCUCUGUUUUGUUACUCUUGCUAUUGUACCUGAGAGUCCUUACUGGCUGGCGGGUAAAAAGAAGAUAGGAGAGGCUGAAAAGUCCCUCCGGUGGCUACGAGGGUGGGUUCCACCAUCAAAUGUCCGGGAGGAACUACAGCUGGUCAUCAGGGCUACUGAACACGGUCCAAACGACGGGGAUGAAAAAAAUAACAGCCAGUGGAAUCUAUCUCCAUUUCUCAGGAGAACUUUCGCUGUUCCUCUGAUGCUCGUCAGUCUCGUAUUUUUUCUGGCAGCCUUCGGUGGAUCAGCAACUCUCCAGACAUUUGCCGUUUCAAUUUUCGAAAAAGUGGAAGUACCCAUGAAUAAAUACACAGCCACAGUGAUUCUGGGGGUUGCUGAGCUCCUUGGAACCGCUACUUGCGUUGCCUCUAUCCACUUUGUGGGGAAAAGGAGACUCAAUUGGGCGUCCAUUAGUGGAACUGGCCUCUGCUUCUUCGGAAGUGCCAUUUAUAUUUAUUUGUUGGAGCUCAAGGCGAUUGAGAGGGCCGUCUACUCCUGGAUUCCAACUACUUUUCUUAUUGGAUCUGCCUUUAUUUCGCAUAUGGGAAUUAGACAACUCGCUUGGAUCCUCGCGGGUGAAGUCUUCCCAGCGAAGAUAAGAAGUUCCGCGACUGGAAUAGCAGCAGCAAUAAGUUACAUAUUUAUGUCAGUCAUAAAUAAAAUAUUUCUGUAUAUGGUUGAUGCAAUGGGUCUCUCAGGGACGUUUCUUUUCUACGCUGGAAUGAAUUUGGUCGGUGGUGUCACACUUUAUUUGACAUUACCGGAGACCGAAGGGAGGACUCUCAAAGAAAUUGAGGAGCAUUUUGCUGGGAUUCAAAGUCUCAAACACAAGCCGAAAAAGGAUGGACUUGGCAAUAAAGAAAAAUGGGCGACUGCCAAUCCUGCGAUGGUUCUCGAUGAUGUUGAGAGCAAACUCUGAGUGCUUAUCUAAAUACUCUGGCUUUCUGUUUUUGUUUUAUACUCAAGGUUCUUCUCAUUCUCAUUAGAUUUAAUUUCCUCUCUUCAUUAGGAUGGAAUAUUGCAGCUGUAGUUUAGGGCAUUUGAAUGGAAGAUAGAUUGCCUUGUCUUUCUGUUUCAUUUCCGAAUUUUGUAAAUAUGAAAUUGUGGGUAUUACAGAGUAAGACCUACGGGAACGUUUGAUAAUGUUUCCGAAAUGUAUAAAGAAUCUAAUUAUACGUUUCAUCAAAUAAAGAUAUUUUUUAUUAUGACAA